AUGAAUAAGACAGAGAGUAGUAGUGAGUUGUUACCCGGAACUAUAACAGCAUUAUAUCAUAAUCAAGUUAAUCAUCCUUUAUACAAAGAACCAAAGGUACAAAUUAUCCAGCAUUCAAAGCUACCAGCAACUGAUGGUAAGUUACGAUACAAAGUUAAUGUUUCUGAUGGAAAAUACUUUAUGAAAUGUGUGUUUGGUAGUGAUGUUAGUGGCAUGUUUGAGAACAAUUCAAUGGGAUUAUAUUCAAUAAUAACACUUGGUGAAUUUACUGUAAGACAGAGAGAUAAUAACAAAUAUUUACUUGUUAGUUCAAUUUUAAAAACAGUUAAGAAAAAUGAAUUGAUAGGAAAACCUACUAUUGUACCAGCUACAAAACCAACAAUUAACAAUGAGAAUAAACCUAUUGAAGAAGUUAAAAAUGAUGAACCAGUUAAGAAACAAAAGAUUAGUGAUGAUGUAAUGAAAAUUAAAGAUUUGAAUCCAUUUUUAAAUAAUUGGACUAUUAAGGGACGUGUAAAUGGAAAAUCAGAUAUCAAAAAAUUUAAUUCUAAGAAUGGAGAAGGAAAGUUGUUUUCAUUUCAAAUUACAGACAAUUCAACAUCUUGUAAAGUUGUAGCAUUUAAUAAUGAAGUUGAACAAUUUUAUCCAAUGAUUGAAAAUGAAAAAGUUUAUAAAAUAUCAAAAGGUUCUAUUAAAAUGGCAAAUAAACAAUACAAUGUAACAAACUUUGAUUAUGAGAUAGCUUUAGAUAGAAAUACGGAAAUAGAGUUAAGUGGGGAUGCAGAUAUACCAGAAUUUAAGUUUAAUUUUAUUAAGAUUAAUGAAGCAUCAUUAAGAAUAAAUCAGUGUGCGGAUAUUGUUGGUAUUAUAAGUGAAGUCUAUCCAGUGACUAAAGUUACAUCAAGGUUUUCAGGUAAUGAAAUUGAUAAAAGAACAAUUAUGUUGCUAGAUGACACUGGUCAAAUAAGAGUUACAUUAUGGGGACAGAGGUCAUUAGAUGAAUAUGAAAAGGGUAGUGUCAUGUGUCUAAGUUAUGGUAAAAUAUCUGAGUAUAAUGGACUUGUUGAUAUGUCUACAGUCUUAAGUUCACGAAUAUUAGUUAAUAGUGAUUUACCUGAAACAGUUGAAUUGUUAACAUGGUAUAAGAAGGAAGGUAAAAAUCUAGUUCAACAACAAAAAACUGAGAAUUUUGGACCAAGAGGAUAUUUAGAGGAUUCUAAGGAAGCAUUAAAUACAUACACAACUAUUUAUGGUUCAGUUAUUUUUAUGAAAGAAGAUAAUGUUUUUUAUUACAAGUCUUGUCCGGGAGAAAACUGUAAUAAGAAAGUAUAUGAAGAAAAUGAUGGUAAUUAUAGGUGUGAGAAGUGUAACUUCGUUUAUGAUCAUUGUAAUUACAGAUAUUUAAUGAGUAUGAUUAUAUCAGAUUUUACUGAUCAAGUAUGGGCAACUGUAUUUAAUGAUGUGGGUGAAAAGUUAUUUGGUUUACCAGUUAAGGAAAUGAUUAAUUUAUCAGAAGAAGAUCCAACUGAGAUGAUUAGAUUAUUUAAAUCAAAACUUUUUAAAGAUUUCAUAUUUAAAGUUAAAUCAAAAGAAGAGAAUGUUAAUGGGGAAAUGAUAAAGAAAUUUACAAUUGUUGAUUUAAAACCAAUUGAUACAGUUAAAGAUACAGAAAAAAUUAUUAAUUCAAUUAAGAUGGUCCUUAAUAAAUGA